AUGUCAAAUAUACGAAGCGAAAUCCGCGAAGCGGUACGAGAAGAGGUGACACGUUUGCUUGGAAGCACAGCAUCAACUUCAUCGAGUCCUUCUUCAGUUGUGACUUGUGAAUCGAGGCGUGAAACUAGCGAUAGCGAGAGAUCCAGUGGCGCCAGCAGUUCGAGAUCUAGUAAUCCUCGAGUUCGACAUAAUGAUCCUAGCACCUCCAGCAGCUCGUCUAGCAGCACUGUAUCAUUCCAGGAGUUUUACAAAUUACGCGAGAGCCAACGUCAACAAGGCUGUAAGCCUCCAAAGGCAAAAAAAAAAGAAAGACUCUUCAUCAACAAGUAG